AAUUGCCUUUUGUAGGGUUUUACUGAUAUUUUAGUUUUUCACGGUGAGUUUAGCUUGCUUCUUCUUCUCUCUCUCAACUCUGGUCAUUCUCUUGACGAUUUUCCUCCUCUAUCUCCGCCGAGGUUAUAACUUCUUGACAUGGGAAGUAAAGGUCGGGUGCCACCCCCUCAUCUAAGGCGGCCUCUUCCAGGCCCUGGCAUAAUGCAUCCUGACUCAUUUGGCCCUGGAAAAUGUCCAAUGCCAGGUGCCUUCCCUCCUUUUGACAUGUUGCCACCUCUAGAAGUUAUGGAACAGAAAAUUGUUGCGCAACAUGUGGAGAUGCAGAAGCUUGUAACAGAGAACCAGCGGCUUGCUGCUACUUAUGGAACAUUGAGACAAGAACUUGCUGCAGCACAGCAUGAGUUGCAAAUAUUGCAUGCUCAGAUAGGAGCUAUGAAUUCUGAGAGAGAGCAGCAAAUGAGAAGCCUUACUGACAAGAUUGCCAAGAUGGAAGCUGAUCUACAAGCUGCAGAACCUGCUAAGUUGGAGUUACAGCAGGCAAAGACAGAUGCUCAGAAUUUGGUUGUAGCAAGGGAGGAACUUAUCACUAAAGUUCGUCAACUGACUCAGGAUCUUCAGAGGGCCCAUGCAGAUGUACAGAAGAUGCCAGCUCUGAUGUCAGAACUUGAUAGCCUUAGACAAGAAUAUCAUCAUUGCAGGGCUACUUAUGAAUAUGAAAAGAAAUUUUACAAUGAUCACCUUGAGUCACUUCAGGUGAUGGACAAGAACUAUAUUACAAUGGCAAGGGAAGUGGAAAAGCUUCGGGCAGAGUUGACAAAUGCCUCUAAUGUUGAUAGAAGAGCUGGUGGGCCUUAUGGCACUGAAACUGGAAACAGUGAGAAUGGUGCCUCUGGUCGUCCUGUGGGACAAAAUGCUUAUGAAGAUGGUUAUGGUGUUCCCCAGGGGCAUGGCUCUCUCCUUCCUGCUAGUGCAGGUACUAGUACUGGUGUCAAUGCGAGUGUUAGUGCUCCUGCUUUUGUUGGAUCUCAAUCUGGGCAUCCUCCUCCAAGGGCUGGUUAUGAUGCACCUAGAGCACCUGGUUAUGAGCCGUCAAAAGGACCCGGUUAUGAUGCACACACGGGAUCUAAUUACGAUGCACAGAGGGGGCAUGGGUAUGAUAUUCAUAGAGGUCCUGGUUAUGAUGCAGAGAGAGGACCUGGCUACGACCCACAAAGAGUAGCUGGGUAUGAUCCACAAAGAGUAGUUGGUUAUGAUCUGCAAAGAGCGCAUGGUUAUGAUGCGCAAAGAGGACAAGCUUAUGAUAUGCAAAGGGGACCUGGAUAUGAUUCGUCUAGGGGUGCUAGCUAUGGUGGACCAGCAAGAGGUGCCACUGCUCCAAAUGGACAAGUAGCUCUGAAUAAUGCACCUUACGGUUCUGCAACACCACCUGCCCGAUCUGGAAGUGGGCAUGACAUACCACCUCGAGGUGGACAUCCUUCUCAGAGAUGGGCAUGACAUACCACCUCGAGGUGGACAUCCUUCUCAGAGAUGGGCAUGAGAUACCUGCACUCGUAUCAAUAUAAAUAUUGUGCAUUAUCAUUUCUUAUAUAGUACAACCAUCACAUUCACAAUCUGCGGCAUAGUGCUGAUUAUAUUGCCAUAUUUGGAGAAUAUUUGAGGCAGACUGCUGACUUCCGAGCCAUUUUUGUGAUGUUUUACUUUAUUUUUAACUUUUAUGAUUGAGUAGAAAUUUACAGGCAGCCGGCAAUGGUUUCCAUCAUUGUAGUGGAUGUAUCUGAAAUAUGAAUGCACAUAAAAUGGUAUACGUUCUUAAUUGUAAUAAUUUCAAAUCUACCGUUUGGAUGGGAUCAGAUGUUUUGUUAUUGUACUCUUUUAAGUUAAAUAUUAUAGGAUGGUUUUGGUGCAAUGGACAAAGUAAUACUAUAUAUAUCAAUUUUAAAUAUAAUUGAUUAUAUAUUUCUGUA